AUGGCUUUGGGGUACCGAUUACCUCUCCUCGUGAGUCUGCUGGCACUCUUUCAAUUUGCUCUGGCGCAAAAAUGCUGGCGAAACGUCACAUGUACCGGACCGAAAGAUAGCGCCUUUCCAGGGCUGUGGGAGGAAAAUAUUUACGCGCCAUCGUCCAGAACUGUCAGCCCUAAGCGGAAGAUCUUAUCACUGGCCAGACCGAACGCCACGGUCGAUUAUCAAAAGUCUAAACCGUACACGUUGAACGGCAAUGGAUCGGCAGUGGUGUUCGACUUCGGUAUCGAGGUGGGCGGCAUCGUCACCCUGGAUUACACCUCCAAAGGCGGCAGCGGCGCCUUGGGCUUGGCUUUCUCCGAAGCGAAGAAUUGGAUCGGAGAAUGGUCGGAUUCCUCCAAUGGCGCUUUUGGUCCCGAUGGUGCCCUGUAUGCUAAUUUCACGAAAGAUGGGUCCGCGUCGUAUGUUAUGCCGGAUAAGUCUCUUCGUGGAGGUUUUCGGUAUUUGACUGUAUUCUUGGUCACAGAGGACCAAGUCUCUGUCGAUGUUGAUGCCGUGAGCUUGGAGAUUGGCUUCCAGCCUACCUGGUCUAAUCUGCGGGCUUAUCAAGGAUAUUUCCAUUCCAAUGAUGAUCUCCUGAACCGUAUCUGGUAUAGUGGUGCCUAUACGCUGCAGACCAAUGCCGUUCCCGUGAAUACAGGCCGUCAGGUGCCUAUGCUCAAGAAAGGAUGGGCCAAUAAUGCGACGAUGGGACCUGGAGAUACGAUCCUCGUGGAUGGUGCCAAGCGAGAUCGUGCCGUAUGGCCGGGCGACAUGGGAGUGGCGGUUCCUGCGGCGUUUGUUAGUACUGGCGACUUGGAAAGCGUGAAGAACGCCCUGCAGACAAUGUACGAUACUCAGGAUAAAACAACGGGCGCUUUCGACGAAUCAGGACCACCGCUGAGUCAAAAAGACUCGGACACAUACCACAUGUGGUCCAUGGUAGGAACAUACAACUAUCUGCUCUACACUAACGAUACUUCCUUUCUAUCGAAGAACUGGAACAAGUACCAAAAGGCUAUGGACUAUAUCUACAACAAAUCCAUCAACGAGUAUUGCUGGGACGACGAAUACGGUGCAUUCAAAGAUAACGCCACAGCCACAGCGCUACACCCACAGGACGCAAACAGCCUAGCUCUUCUCUACGGAAUCGUUGACCCAGACAGAGCCAGCAGGAUCUCCAAGAAUCUACUGCAAAACUGGACCCCAAUCGGUGCAGAGACGCCCGAACUCCCGAAUAACAUCUCCCCAUUCAUUUCAUCCUUCGAAAUCCAGGGUCACUUCAAAAUUGGCCAGACCGCCAGAGCACUGGAGCUCAUCCGACGUAGCUGGGGCUGGUACCUCAACAACCCCAACGGCACCGAGAGCACAGUGAUCGAGGGAUAUCUAGUAGACGGUUCAUUUGGAUACAGAUCCGACCGCGGGUACAGUCACGAUCCGUCGUAUGUUUCUCAUGCACAUGGGUGGUCCGCCGGUCCAACGAAUGCCUUGACAACCUAUGUUCUGGGUCUUUCUAUUACGUCGCCGCGCGGCCUGACGUGGAAAAUUGCGCCGCAGUUCGGCGAUCUCAAGACCGUCGAGGGCGGGUUCACGACAUCGCUGGGGAAAUUCCAGGCGUCGUGGGAUAAGAGCCCGGAUGGGUACACGUUGCAAUUUUCCGUGCCGCCUGGAACGAAGGGGAAUUUGACAUUGCCGUAUGUGAGGAGCUCAGAGAAGCCGUCGAUCACGAUUGAUGGGAACAAUAUCAACAAGGGCGUGUACUAUGUCGAUGAUACGGCGACGAUUACCGUCAGCGGUGGAGGGAGUCAUAGAGUUGUAGUGUCGUAG